AUGGCGUUGCUCAGGGCGGGGGGCGGCCUUUUCGACGAGCUCGUCUUCGCGGGGGUAGGGGAGCCCCUGCUUCGGUGGCCUGUCGUCAGAGACGUGGUCAUGUCCCUGAGAUCUCGCCACGCUAACCUUCUUCGACCACGCUCUGCGGAGAACAGCAAGGUGGAUGGUAGCAGCGCCGACGCUACCCCCACCGGCGGCGCGGCGGCAACACGCCCCAGCCAGGACGACGCGAUGCCGAUACGCCUGGUCACCAAUGGUUUGUGGCCGGUGGUGGCGGUGGACGAACAGGUGGUCGGCCCGCCUUCCCCCGAAGCUGACACCUCCAGAGAUAUCGGAGAGGCGAAGAGUAAUGUUGAUCGGCAGGGAAGACGGAGAAUGGGAGGGAGCGGGGGCGUCGGGGGGGGCGAUUUCAAGGUCCGUGCGGCAUCGGGCACGAGCGGGGGCAUCGCGGACCGCAGCGGUUCUGCGGAGCGGGGGGCGGUGGCUAGCCCCAGCGCCGCCUCUGUAGCGAGGCAGAUAGCAGAGGUCUUCGAUUCGGUGUCGGUGGCGCUCAACACGGCGGACCCUGAACAGUACCAAGAGCUCAUGAAUCCAUCACCGGACGGGCUUUUGGAGGAGGAAGGGGGAGGACCAGGAGCCCACAGUUAUGUGUGUGAUCUGGUAAAGGAGUGCGCGUCCCGGGGGGUGGCGACGGAGUGUACGGUGGUUGACCGACACGGGGUGGACUUGCGGCGUGCCCGGGAGUUGGCGGAGGCGAUGGGGGCGUCGUGCCGAGUGCGGCCGUACGUCCCCCGAUGA